AUGGCGGAUCGAGGAGAGGGCUACGAUGCCCGUCUGGGUGUCAAUACGAAUGAAAUCCCUACGGCACAACACUUGCCCGCGACUUCGGGAGCCGAACAGGACCGGUACGGCGGCUGGUUCGGUGGCAAAGCAGACAAAGCUACUGAGAAGCUUGGAAGCGCCGCAGACAAACUGAGGGAUAGCCUCCCCCGCGGCGCCGGCACCGAACAGGAACGCUACGGAGGCUGGUUCGGUGGCAAAGCCGACAAGGCCUCAGAAAAGAUUGAGCACGCCGCGGAAAAGAUCAAGGAGAACCUGCCCCGCGGCGCCGGAGCCGAACAAGAGCGCUACGGCGGCUGGUUCGGCGGCGGCAAGGGCGAUCAGGCCGCCGAGAAGCUGAGGCAGAACCUGCCGCGCGGUUCCGGGGCCGAGCAGGAUCGUUACGAGGGUUGGUUCGGCGGGCACGAAUUGCCUUCUGUCGAGAAGCUCGGCGAGAAGCUGCCGCGUGUCUCUGGCGCCGAGCAGGACCGGUAUGAUCGCUGGUUCGGCGGCGACAAGGGGCAGACUGGCGGGACCUGGGUCAAGGAGCAUUUGCCGCAGGCCUCGGGGGCCGAGCAGGAUCGAUAUGCCGCGCACUGGGAGGGCGUCGUUGACCAGGUCACUGACAAGAUCAAGGAGAAGCUGCCCCGAGGCGUGGGAGCCGAGCAGGAGCGUCUGGGCGGCUGGUUUGGUGGCGACAAGCUGCCUUCUGCGUCCCAGGUGAACGAGAAGCUGCCCAAGACAUCUGGCGCGGAGCAGGAUCGCCUGGGUGGAUGGUUCGGAGGUGACAAGCUGCCGUCCGCUUCGGAUAUCAAGGACAAGAUCCCAAAGACAUCUGGUGCAGAGCAGGAUCGGUUCGGUGGAUGGUUCGGCGGCGACAAGCUGCCCUCCGGCUCCAAGGUGAACGAGCACCUCCCCCACGCCUCGGGAGCCGAACAGGACCGCUUCGGAUCCCACUUUGGCGGCAAGGCCCCAUCUGCUGAAGGCAUCACAAGGAGACUGCCGAGGGUAUCCGGCGCCGAGCAGGACCGCUACGGCUCGCACUUCAGCCUCCAUCCGAGCAACCCCGUCAACACCGCCACGACGACAACGCUCGGCCUUGUCCAAAACGCUCUUCUCCCAUCCUUUGGCCUCCACGCAGGCCUGAGCACCGUCGUCUACGCCGUCGCGCGCUACACCGACCGCGCCGAAGCAAAGGACUGGCUGUGGCCCUCGGGCCAGGUCGCCAACGCCUGGUGGACGGCCAUCGGCGCGCGCGUCGUCCACGACGGCCUCUCCGUCCCCGCGGCCUGGAACUCGCUCGGCUACACCCAGAAGCUGCUCCUCACCGGCGUCAGCGCUUGGGGUGCCCGACUAUUCUACCGCAUUGCCACUCGAAGCGUGAAGCGCGGCAAAGACGACGCGCGCUACGUCGCGGCGAAGAACAAGGACCCCAAGUUCUGGGAUAAGGCCUUCUUCAGCAUGUUCCUACCCGAAGCCGCGCUCCAGGCGCUAAUUGCUCUGCCGUUUACGCUGCCGUUCCGCGCGCCCUUGACCAGCGCUCGCUCGUCGGCGUUUACCGAGUUCCCCGAGACGUUCCAUAGCCUGGCUGUAUUCCUCUUCACUGCCGGUCUUGCGCUCGAGACGAUUGCCGAUACCCAGCUUGAGGAGCAUUCUAGCAAGAGCAAGGAGAUUAACCGCGAGGGCGUCUGGAGCAUCGUCCGCCACCCCAACUACCUCGGCGACGCCCUCUGCCACCUCUCCUUCCCCGUUCUCCUCUACAGCGCCGGCAUGCUGCACCCUCUCGCCGUCCUCGGCCCCGUUGUGAACUACAUUGUCCUCCGCUAUCUGGGCGGCGACAAGGUCACCGAGGCCAGCCAGGAGGAGCGCUACGCCAAGGAGAACCCCCUCAAGUUCCAGCAACUUCAGGAGUACAGGCGCGACAAGAAUAGCUUCUGGCCCAGUCUCGGCGAGUACGACAACAAGUGGGUGUGGAUUGUUGCUGCUACUGGUGUGGCUGGCGUUGCUGUUGAGCGAGGUCUUCUUGCUUACUUUAGGGGUUGA